GCUUCCACCGCUAGCCAUCGCAGCUGACUCUAGAACGCGUCGGGGAAAUAGGAAUAAACUGACUGAGUUCGCGUUCGGUUCGUGUUGCGCACGGCAAAGCAAGCAAGUACUGAGCCAAAUGCGGUUCGAAGCGGUGCAGUCAACAGAAGCUCGCGCAGUGCAAUACAAUUAAUUGUAAAUCCAAGACACAAGCACUACUAUCGCGAUAAUCACAGCUAGCAAAUUAAAACCGCGUGUCUUUCGUUUCGCUUCUCCCGCUCUUUCGUUGCACUCCGCCCACACUAUUCGCCAAUGCAGUCGUGAGUGCGUGUGUGUGUGUGCGUGCGUAUUCCCACCAAAUUCAAUGAAUUCGACAAGCAGUGCAAUAAAAGCGCAACUAAAACAAAAGUGAUUCCACCACGUGCGCCGCUCUCUCGCGUCUUAAGUUCAGUUGUAGCUGCUUUCGUUUGUUUUGCUGGCGUCUCGCUCUAACGGCUUCCUCUGCUUAAUUUACCGUUCGCCGAGCAACCGGCACGCAAAUAUCCGUUGGAUUAGGACUCAUUAACGGGACACUCACACAAGGACAUCAAAAUGGUGCAGGCACUGGACUACGAUUGCGAGGCACAGGGCCAGGACAUCCCGCAGGCGAUUCAGCUGCUGGGGGAGAUGAACAGCAACGUAAAGCAGGUGACAGACUUGGUGGAGGGCAUGCUGCAGCGGGUGAAGCGAGGCGAACUAACCACGGAGUACGGCCUGAGCUUCCUGGAGGUGAAGUACCACAUGCUGCUCGACUACUUGAUCAAUCUGACCUACGUGGUGCUGCGCAAAUGCUCCGGCGAGACCAUCGAGGGCGAUCCCUCCAUCGAACGCCUGAUCGAGAUUCGCACGGUGCUGGAGAAGAUUCGGCCCAUAGACCACAAGCUACGCUACCAGAUCGACAAACUGGUAAAGACAGCCACCACUGGGGUCUCCAGCAGUACGGAUCCCAUUCUCUACAAGCCCAAUCCGGAUGAUAUGAUGAGCAGCGCAGGCGGAGCAGGAGGAGACGAGGACGAUGGACAAGAUGACAGCGAUGAGGAGGACGAUGACGACGAGGAGGAGGACGAGGAUGAGGCCGGCGCUGCGAAAAUGCCCCGGAAAGCGGCAACAGCCGGAAAGUCCGGAGUGUACGUGCCACCGCGCAUCAAGCCCGUUUACUACGAUGGCGACGAACGCGAUGCCGACAAGGAGAAAAAGGCACUGGACCGGGCCAAGAAGCGGGCCAUUACGUCUUCCAUGCUGCAGGACCUUAAAGAGGAGUACUUGGAUGCUCCCACAGAGAUUUCAUCUGGUUCCCGUGCUCAGCAGAUUCUAUCCCAUGCUCAGAAGGAGAAGCAGGAGUACGAGGAGACCUAUUUGAUGCGUCUGCCGGUGACCAAGGCGGAGAAGCAUCGCCAGCGAAAGCUGACCACGUUGGGCACACUUGGCGAUGAAAUUCUUGGGGAGAUUAGUCGGGAAUCAGCUCUGCGUGGCGAUGGAAGCAAAAAGCGCAAACUGGCCAAAAAGGGAAAGGGAAAAAAACGUGGUGGUAAAAAGCGAAAAUUCAAUUAAGUGGGAGCACAAAAUACUCUAUUAAGUGAGAACAUUUUUUAGGUUAUAAAAAAAGUGUAGGCAUUUUUAUGCCGUUCAAUAUAUGUUUUUAAUUGCUUUAAAAAGUUAAGUUUCCUAUUAUUUUUGAUCUUGAUUGACAUUUACUUUUGCUUCCUGAACAUUUAUUUUAUUGCGUAAUGUUAAGUUUUCCAAUUUAUAAUUAAAUAAAUUUUUAUUAAAAUGUUCUUAUAUUAUA